AUGUCAGAAAUUCACAAGGCUGCAUUAGAAGGAGAUCUUAAAACCGUCCAGAAUAUUUUGGGGGACACACCAAAGGCAGCAGCUUUUCAAAAUGAGGACGAUGGUAACAAAACUCCCCUUCACUGGGCAAUUGCCUUCCAACAUGUUGAAAUUGUGACGAAACUUCUAGAUGCGCUAAGGCAACAAAAAAUCGACUUGGAUGAUUUGACAGAUGAUUCAGGAUGGAACCCACUACAUACUGCUGCUAGCAUCGGUAACAUUGACAUUGUGGAUGCAAUUCUACAUUAUGAUCCAGCUCCUGAUGUGGACCAGACGACGUCUAACGGCCAAACAGCACUACAUUUUGCCGUCUCAAAGAAUUUCAAAGACACUGUGGAGCUUCUUUUAGAAAACAAGGCAUCAGUACGGAUCAAGGACAAAAAGGGACAAUACCCCAUUCACAGAGCCGCUAGCAUUGGCUCACUGAGUCUGAUUAAACUAUUGGCUGAAAAGUCAUCCCCCUUGAACUUCAAGGAUAUCUAUGGAUUCACACCCUUGCAUCACGCGUUAUCCGAAGGCCAUGCUGAUGCCGCUGUAUUGCUGGUAGAACUGGGAGCAGAUAAAACUAUUGAGGAUUCAGAGGGACAUGUUCCGCUGCAGGUGGCUGUUGACGAGAAGACUGCUGUGUAUUUCAAACAACAUACUGAAUAG